AUGUUAUACAACAAAACUAGGCCAAAAAAUAUUCAAUCAAUUGAUACAAUUCUUCGUGAAAACUAUGAAGAAUUAAUUAGAAUUCAUUGUAAACAACAAUUAAAAUGUCAAAUAAAUCUUUUAUCAAAAGUUGAUUCAUCAAUCGAUCAAGAAAAACUCAAAGAUUUAAUUCAAUAUUUCGAAUGUGAUACGAAUGAAAAGAUAGUUAGUCUCGAUGAAAUGAUGCUUAAUCAUUUGAAUGAAAUUCCAAAAUCAUUCGACAUGACAACUGAACUAUCAUCAGAUUAUAAAUGGUUUUAUCAGGAUGAUACAGAACAAUCGAAUACUUCUUUCAAUACAAUUGCUGAUUGGCAAUUAAUCCAUUUUAUGAACAACCCUCCAUUAAUCGAUGUCUCAUUCGUUCAAUUUAUCAAUGAUUUACCGGCUGAAUCUGUAUCAAAUCCAAUAUAUUACAAACUCUAUUCAUCUUUAUCGGAUAUUCCCGCCAUUUCAAUUCGAAUUCGUGCAAAAGUUCUCUAUCCAUUUAAUUUACUUCUCGAAAAUCUCGUAUCCAUGAUUGAUUGUAGUCUAUUACCGAGACAAAGCGUUCUAAUUGAUAAAAUCCUAGCCGGUAGAAUCUACAUGUUAUAUCCGAUGAAAUUUCGAUUAUUUAAUGAAACGUUAGCCAACACUGAAAUCAUGUCCUCUGUUGAUGUACCUACAAUUAAUUUUGAUCCAGUUCAAGCAAAUUCUACUUCUCCUCAUGGACAAUAUACGAUGUUUCACCAAGCUUAUAAACAAUUGCAUAGUCUUGUACAUGAACUAUCUCGAAGUAAAUACGAUCGUUUAUGGCUUGCACAAUAUCUCGGAAUGUAUAGUAUUGAUCAAGAUGGACCCUACCGUGAUUCAAUAUCAUGUAUUUGUGAUGACAUAUGCAGUACACGAUUACCAUUGUUUAUUUUGUGUCCUAAUAGACGAACCAAUAGUGGUCGAAAUCGUGAUCGUUGGAUUUCCAAUGUAUUUCCUGUUUGGUAUGAUACUCGAUUCGAAGGUAUUAGUGAAGCUGGUGAAAUCUAUGAAGUUGUUCCUGGUGAUCAAAAGAUUCCAAUUACAGCUUCUUAUUUUAAAGAAUAUUGUAAAAUUUAUCGUCAAAUUGAAUUUAUUCGUCAGGGCUUAUAUAGUAUUAUUCCUGGUUAUUUCCUAAGUUUAUUUACAGCAAUCGAACUUGAAGAAGUCGUAUAUGGAAAAGGCAAAAUGGAUAUGGAUUUAUUAAAACGAAAUACGAUUUAUGGUGAACAUUACAAUCAAAACUCAUUAUGUAUUCAAUAUUUUUGGACGUGUUUUAAAUUUCAUCUAUAUUCGGGUAUUCGAGCUGGUGGUGGUAUUGGUGAUGAGCUUGAAUCACCUAAUGGCGAUCCACUAGAAUUAUAUCGAAUUGUUUUUGAUAUAACGUUCUUCUUCUUUAUUAUUGUCAUUCUUCUUGCUAUUAUUCAAGGCUUGAUUAUUGACGCUUUUGGUGAUCUUCGUGAACAACUUGAUUCAGUGAAAGAAACACUUGAAACAAAAUGUUUCAUUUGUGGAAUAGGUCAAGAUUAUUUUGAUAAAGAACCGCAUGGUUUUGAAACUCAUACACAAGCAGAACAUAAUUUUGCCAAUUAUAUGUUCUUUUUAACACAUCUUCUUAAUAAACCUGAUACAGAACAUACUGGACAGGAGAGUUAUGUUUGGGAAAUGUAUCAAAGUCGUAAAUGGGAUUUUUUUCCUAUUGGUGAUUGUUUUCGACGUCAGUAUGAAUCGGGUAGUGGUGGAACAAGUACAGAAAGUUAA